AUAUCGGGUAAAGAAAUUGUUUACAAGGAACGAGGCUCUCAAACUUGAAGCCUGCAUAUGAGAAAAUUGAGGAGUUUCAAGCCCAGCCGGCAGCCCACUAGAAACAUGGCGAUAGAGCCACUGCUAGACAGAGUGGUCACAAAUCAGCCACAAUGAAACAGCUAAGCAAGUUCGGUACGAGCGUGGCACAGCGCACUCUGCAUACUAUUAGCUCUAAGAAAACUCCAGAUCCUUAAGAUCAAAGAGCCCUCGGCCAGCAUCCCAGUCAUAUCCUACCCUGCCAAACAAAUCUUGUCCCCUCGUGCAGAGGGAGGUACAAAUCACAAUGGACAAAUUUCAUCCUGUCUUCCAUGCAGGAGAUCACUCCAUGGUGAUCUUGUCUUGUUGCAGCUAGAAGACUUUAAGGACUCAUGGACUUGCAGCCCUAAGGGAGGUGUGAUAUUAAGCCAAUUGCUCGACAUUCGACAUCACCAGCCACAUUUGAUUUGCACAGGUAGCACAAGCCUUCACGACGGCAGAGCAUGCUGUGCAUGCAUCUACUGCCUGAACCAUCAAUCAUUGCUGCCAAGCCAAAAUUGCUGCCAGGGGCCCUGGUCGACCCUUGCAUGAAACCGGGAGACAAUGUUGUUCAGCGAUUUUCCAGACAAGGCCACUUCUUUCUGGGUGCCGCAUGGCGGGGCCAUCAAUUGUCGUCCCCAAAGAAUGAUGAGCAUGAUUAAUGAUCUCAAGAUACACUGCCGGGAAGCAUACUUAAGGAACCCUUAUUUCUUAUCCCAGGUUCAGAUGCGCCUUUGACAUGCAUUGACCUCUUGCUCCUGCAUGUCCGUGUGUAAAUGACAAAUCUCUCUCCGUAAUGAACAGGGCAUUCUAUCAUCAAAAUUGCCAAAAAAUCGGGAAUCCCCCAUUCGCCCGGACAUCCAUAGGCACCGUUUGAGGGGCCAAGCUGGAUCUGCCCUCUGUGAAUAAAUCAUGUGACAGUACUUUCCAGGACAACCCUCUGGUUUGCAUGUCUGUCGCGCCCAUCUCAGUCUGGGAAUUCUGUGCCAGCGGCCUGAGGCACCAAAUUAAUAUACAAUUUCAAAGCUUAGGGCGCGGAGAGGGCAGGACUGAGCC